GUAAGGACUCUCUCGGGCAGUUGUCUCCGGAUUGUGCAAGGUGUUGAUAGUUCAAAUACUCAACCAUGAACCUAUGGUUUCAGAGUGGACUUGGGAUACCCAUGUGGCUGAUGGUGGUCCUGGUGUCAGCAGAUGGAUCAUCGCUUGAUUGCCACCCUUGCAGUUGUUUUGAAACAAAGGAUGAAGUCAUUGCGGAUUGUUCAAACAGAUCGUUACCAUCAGUUCCCGGUCACCUCCCAUACAAUAUCACAGAGCUGAGUCUGAGUCAUAACAGAAUGACAAAUAUUGGUAAACAACUGAAGAAGUAUACCUCUUUAAAACGCCUGGAUGUGUCAUUCAACAAACUCUACAUGCUUAGGAGAAACGAUUUUGUUGAGCUAACAGAUUUACACGUUCUAGUGCUUAGCCAUAAUCAUCUAUCUUUGUGUAAAAGUGUUUAUCCAAAAGGACUGUUCCGGUUCCAGAAGAAACUGAAGGUUUUGAAAAUGGAAAAUAAUUCUCCGGUAGAAUUUGAAGGACAACUUGAUAAUUCACAAGCAGAAAUCUAUUUACUCCAGUACCCAGAUGAAACUUUGCAGGAUCUGGUUUCCCUUGAGGAACUUCACAUUGAUGGGCUGAGAAAUCGAACGUUUGGAGAAGGAUUUAAAUACACCAACAUCACGACACUAAAGAUUGGAGGAAACUGCAACAUGAGGGACGUGUUGAAUGAAACAUUCCGCUAUUUAAAGAGAAUAACACACUUAGACAUGACAGAUUGUGAAAUAACUGAUAUUGGUCAAUCUGCAUUUGAACCUCUCCAAAACAUUCACAUGUUAGACAUAUCCCGAAAUUCCGAUCUUGGAUUUGACAAGGUUUCUGCAAGUUUUUACGGUCUUCGUAAUUCUUCACUGAAAAUUCUAAGAGCCAAUAAACUGUACAGAUAUCGAGGUAUCGGCCUUCUCGUAACUGUGGAACACAUUAAAUACAUGUCUGGUAUGGUCCUUGAAGAAUUACAUUUGGAUGACAACCGGAUAGAAUUACUGGAUCCUCGAGUACCCGUCCUAAUGCCACAAACCCUGAAAGUUCUUUCAUUGCGAAAAAACAUGUUUUUGUUUGGUUUGUAUAUUCUAACACUAACAUCUAUGACCAACCUCCAGUUUGUGGAUGCUUCGUCGGGUCACAUGUCCCACACUAAUCCAUUUUCAGUACAGCUUGAUUCUUUCCUCACUGAUUUAGACGCCAGCCCUCAUAUGACUCAUGGCGACACUUCACGAGCUUUGGAAAGUUCUGUAUCAAACUCUAUAAAACAAUAUUUUUCUCCACUUGAAGAUGUUUUUAUUGGUGACGCACCAUGGCCAGGUAAUUUCACCAUAAAUAUUCCCCCGAAAGGAACAUAUGCAAACUUCAGCAAUGCGGAACUGAGUUACACCAUUCCCAGAAUGAAAUUUGGUGAAAACAGACUUAUGGUUUUGGAUGUGUCAUAUAAUUUCUUUACGGUGGUUGGACCAGUUAUUGGGCUUCAUCAUCUAGAAUUCCUUGAUGGAUCACACAAUUAUUGUGAUUAUGUAAACCCACACUUCUUUGAUGAUUUUAUAUCUUUGAGAAUACUGAACAUAAGCUUCAAUUACGUUGGCUAUACAUUACAUAAUGAAACAUUUCGUAAACUAUUCAAGCUCGAAUACCUGGAUCUAUCAAAUAAUAAACUGAGUACUCUUCCAAGAGACGUUUUUAAGGGCUUAGAACGUCUUCAGUUUUUGAGUGUUGGGUCCAACUAUUUGAAUACGUGGAAUGCCAACAUUGGGGACCUGAUAAACUUGGAACUUUUAGAUCUCACCGAUAAUCUCUUUGAGCAGCUUGAUGUAACCUUUAGAAAUCAGAUUGAUGACAGUGGGAGCAAAGGACUGAAAAUGAAGCUUCAUAAAAACCCAUGGAAAUGUACAUGUGAGACACUGAGCUUCUUGAAGUGGCUGGACAGUGAACGAAGCAGAGUAUACAAUGUUCAAGACCUACUCUGUACAGGGUCAAAUGGUCGCAAGAAAAACAUGAGCAACCUACAAGAUAUCAUAAUGGAACUGGACAAGAGCUGUGCAUCCUACACUGGGGUGGUGAUUGGGAUGCUCAGUCUCAUCUUGCUGGUGUUGGCAUUUGCCGUGACAAGCAUCGUGUACAGAUACAGGUGGAAACUGAGGUACCUCUACUACGUUGCCAGAAACCGACACAGAGGCUACCUGCCUGUAGAGGAGGAGGAACAGGAGUUCGAGUUUGAUGCCUUCAUAUCCUACGCUGAUGAGGACCGUGGACUUGUAGUAAGGAACAUGAGGCAGAGGCUUGAAGAGAUGCAAGGUCUAAAGCUCUGUAUUCAUCACCGAGACUUUCUCGCUGGGGAAGCUAUCGCUGCCAACAUCCUGAACGCCGUGAAAUCCAGCAGGAAGACGGUGAUUGUCCUGUCAAGACACUUCUUGAGGAGCUACUGGUGUAAGUACGAAGUGGAGAUGGCUAAGAUGGAGAGUAUCUACACAGGACGGAACACCCUGCUGGCUGUUGUACUGGAGAACAUCCCCGUGAAGGACCUGACCCCUGACAUUGUGGAGUUGAUGCGUCAAGAUUCCUAUGUAGAGUACACGGAUGAUCAGGAUGGUCAAGAAGUGUUCUGGCAGAAUCUCGAGCGGGCAAUACGUAGCUUAUAGAAAAAGAAAAAUGCGACGAUUUGUGGAGUCACCAGCUUUAAAGUGUACAUUUGUAUUCUCAUGCCAGCAUUUUCUACUCUUUUACCUAGUGUUUUGUCUACUGAACUAGAAGUUAUUUGAUAAGGUAAAAGUUCAUGAGUUUUUGUACUUUUGUAGAUACGAGUAUAGCAAUAUAGCUAUAUUUGUAGUUGUAUUUAGUACAAUACUUGUAUCUCGAAGUUUGUGAGUGAGUGAGUUCGGACUAAAGGUAUUUUCAAGUCCUGAGUUUGUAAAUAAAACGGGUGCAACUAAAUUAAGUGAGUUUUAAUUCACAUUUUGAGCAGACAUUUCUGCAAAAGGAUUACCUUUUGUCAAGAUCUUUGUAUUCUGGAAAACUCUUUUCAGAUACCACUUGAGUAUUUCAGUAACGUCUAAUUUGAUCCCAAAUCCUAUUGAAUAAUGCAUAGGAAAUAGUAAAGUUUAAUGCUAAUGUCCCUUCUUUGCGAUAGUUUGUUGACUGUACAACCAAACAAAUCGUGUAAAGACGAACCUUUGUCUAUAUCAUUUCUGGCAAUAAUACUCAUGGAGACAUUGAUAAAUGCACCAUUCAAUAAGACAUUGUAUUAUUAUUUUGAAGAAUUAAUGAUCACAGACUAUGCCAAAGACAGUAUGAAGCUACUAUCUGUUUUCAAAUUGUGUCAAUUUUAUCCUGAAAUAAUGAAACCGUUAUUCUUCAACUUGCCAUAUAUGUAAAACAUGCUUUAUCUUUAAGAAAUGAACUGUUAAAAGCAUGGAUUAACUAUAUUCCUUUCAUCCUUGUAUU